ACUGCUACUGAUGAGGGCAGCCCACCUCUCUCCAGCACGAGCUUUAUUAAUGUGCACAUCUCAGAUGUGAACGAUAACAAACCUCUAUUCACAGAAAACAUCAUCAAUGUCUAUGUAAAAGAAAACAGUCCAGUCGGAGCAGUUUUAAAAAGAGUUUCUGCAACUGAUGCUGACAUCGAUCAGAAUGGUCAGGUGAGCUAUUCAUUUUUACAGAGUAACACUAACUCACUGCCGUUAUCUACAAUGGUAAACAUCAACUCAGAGACUGGAGAUAUAGUCAGCCUGCAGUCUUUUAACUACGAGGAGAUAACAACGUUUCAGUUUAAAGUUCAGGCCACAGACUCUGGUGUCCCUCCGCUCAGCAGCAACGUGACUGUCAACGUUUUAAUUCUGGAUGAAAAUGACAAUAAUCCAACAAUUCUCGCGCCCUAUUCUGAGCACGGCUCCGUUAACAGUGAAAGCAUCCCCUAUUCUGCUGAAGCGGGAUACUUUGUGGCAAAGAUCAGGGCUGUAGACGCAGACUCUGGAUACAACGCGCUGCUCUCUUAUCACCUCUCUGAGCCAAAAGGAAACAACCUCUUCAGGAUUGGAACCAGCACCGGAGAAAUCAGGACUAAGAGGAGAAUGAGUGACAAUGACCUGAAAACUCAUCCCUUGGCAGUGCUGGUUUCUGAUAACGGAGAACCCUCCCUGUCAGCUACUGUUUCUAUUGAUGUGGUGGUGGUUGAAAGCACAGCUGAGAUCCAGACUCAGUUCAGACAUGUGCCCAUAAAGGAGGACACCUUCUCAGAUUUGAACUUGUAUCUGCUGAUCGCCAUUGUGGCGGUGUCAGUGAUCUUUCUGCUCAGCCUCAUCACUUUAAUAGCUGUCAGAUGCCACAGGACAGACGGCACUUUCAGCAGGUACAGCGCCCCAAUGAUCACCACCCAUCCUGACGGGAGCUGGUCUUACUCCAAAUCUACACAGCAGUAUGACGUGUGUUUCAGCUCAGACACACUCAAGAGUGACGUAGUGGUUUUCCCUGCACCGUUUCCGCCUGUAGAUGCGGAGCUGAUCAGUAUAAAUGGAGGAGACACGUUUACCAGAACUCAGACUUUACCCAGUAAAGAGAAGUCGCUGUCCAUGGUACUGUAG